CCUGGGGCGGACGAUAGGUGUGAGUCACCUGCUACGUCCUCGUCUUUACACACGUCCAUGUCCUUUCAUAAUCCAUCUCAUCCCCACCGGUUAAUCUCGCGCCAGCCCCGCGCAAAAGAUUUCUCUGGUUCAUCCGAGCUCUUCUGAUGUUUCCUUGGCCCCGCCGCUUCGACUCGUCCCCACCGCUUGCCAUCUUCUCCCCACUGCAUGCGACACCAGAUAUCCGGUGGGUACACCGCGAUACACUCGCGCACCGGAAAUGCCUGGGCGGAAUACCAGCGGCCCGCAACUGUCAGAACAAGCCAGCGGACCCCUGCGUUAGCUACCGGUGGCCUUCCAGCGGAUGCUCCACACGCCCCACCUGCCCAAAGAGGACGCUCGGGCGACCUCCGAAGCGCGCCUGCGCACGCCCGCCCUGCCACUUAUGCUGCUGUUCUUUGUGCUCCUCAUCGACGCGCCUCCUCUAGUUGCCUUGCAAAAGACGCAUACAUCCAUAGUAAUACAGGAAGGGAGGAUGCUAUGGUGGCUGUAGGUACUCGAAUACGAAGCUGGACGCCGGCAGCGCUCGUGGGCUUGCUAGCCCGACCUCGUCAAGCGCACCCGUCUUCCCUCAACGAACGACCUCGCGCACUACAGUGAAGCGAGCGCGCACGGCCGAGC